GAUGUCUUUUCCUGCAUGACCGACUUAUUACAGCUCUCAAUAUCUUCCAUAUUUUUAAAAGAAGAAAAAAAUGAUUUGGCAUUUUCUUCUUGUUUUCAGUUCCAGGAACUUCAGGUUGACCGGGAGAUGCUGCUGACCACCAACCGGAGCCUGGCUGAGGAGAGCCUGGCUCGGCGACCCCGGCUUAAUAACGGCAAGCUCCAGCUGGCGGAGAAAUACAAGGAACUGUCCAGCCUCGUAACCACAUGCUGGGAAAAACAGAGUCAGCUGGAGGCUCGCGGGCAGAGGCGCAGCUUGCAGACGGCGCAGAACCUCCUGCAGGAGGAGGUGGCACGUGGUGAGGAGCGCUCCGAGGAGCUGCUGGAUAAAUUCAUGGAGGGGAACCUAAGCCUGGAUGAGUUCCUGGACUCUUUCCAAAGCUCCAGGAAAACUUACCACAUCCGACGGGCUCAAGCAGAGAAAAUGCAGGAGGUCAUUCAAGCCAAGAAGCAGCCUAACAAGAGCAAACAAGCUGAGGAGAACCGGGUCGCCGAGGUGAAGAGGGACUCCGAGCAGCACCAGGAGCCCAAGCGGCCUAACGGCUUUGUAGCACAAGGACCUCUCAGGGUGUUCCAAGUACGAUACGGCCUAACGCCGGCCAUCCUCGUCCCUCAUUACCCCGUUUCCCCUCCUGCCUCGGCUCCAGGACAUCAAAGCAGUACCUCCUCCUCUGAGCCCCAAGUGGGUCAGACCCACAUCCUCAGCCCCAGCAGCCCGCUUCCAGGUCACGGCCAGCCGGUCGGCCUCAGGGUGAUCGGACAACUGCCGGGCGGCUGGCCGGCUAACGGGCGUCCGGUCCGAGUGCAGCAGCUUUACAGACCGAACCCACAGCAGCCUGAGCCGCCGUACCGAUAAGCUGCUGUCCGACGGUUAUAGAGACGGUUUGAGAGGUCUUCCAACCGGUGGAGCCAAGCUGUGGCUGUCAGGAUCCUGCAGGCAAAGACUGAUGCAGGAUGGCAGCACUGAGGUCCCACGUUUCGGUUCUCCCUCCAUGACAUGAACGCAUCAGGGGGAAACGGGCAGAGCAGGAAGGCAGAGAGGCGACAGGCAGGCAGGCAGAGCUCGGGAUGGGCUACCAUAACAUUUCUGUUCUAAUCUGGUAAAACAAUCUCUAGAAUUCUAUUUUACAACGUUAGAAACCCAAAAACAAAACAAGAACAGCUUUUAAUAUUUGGCCUGAACCCUCCCUUAAAUUUUUCUAUGUUUUAUCCACGUUCAUUUAGUUAACAUUUUAAUGGGAACUUCGUUUUCCAUCAGCUCUAAAAUGCUGCAUCUUUAUGCUAUACUAUGCAUUCUUAAUCAUUUUUUUUAUUAUUUUACUAUUUACAAGAAUUGAUUGAAAAAAAAAUACUUUUUGACCAUUUUUAAAAUAACUUUAAACACAAACAAAUCGGGUUAGUGGAAUCUUUUAUUCACGUUUAUUGGAUUAUCUUCUAAAUUAAAUGAAAAUACAAUUUAAUAAAACUUGAAUUUAUUAUUCAAGGUCUACGGUUUAACUCUGCUUUUU